GACGUCAUCAUAGUCGGAGAGCUGCAGCACGGUGGCAACGCCUUUGACGACUUCGGAGAGAAAUGCGGUGGUUGCAGCUGUUUCGGCAGUCGCCAUGCGAUAUCGCAUCGAGAGAACAACAUCGCGCCUCAAGAUGAGACUGACGAUUCGCAGCCAGCGUCAGCUCCUGCAACAAGUGAUGGAGGCACCCGACUGUGUGUCCAUGUCUGAAUCCAUUGUCCAGUUUUGCUGGGCCAUGGCAUCCGGUGUGAUCCUGCGGGCGACUCCCAGGUGGUGGAUGAGGAGAAGGACGGGAGGCACAUGGGAGGAUCUCCGGAAAAUCGACGACGUGGCAGACGAUUACUACAAGGAGAAGUUGAGGAUAUCCCUUAGGGUGUUCCGGGAGAUCGUGGAGGCGUUGUCCCCUCUUUUGUUCCGGAGGGUGACAUUCUACAGGGUACCGUUGAUGCCGGAUCACAUCAUCGCAUAUGUGCUGUAUCGAUGGGCAAGCGGGGAGACGUACGAGAGCAGCACAUCGUCAUUCGACAUAGGAUGCGCAUCAGGCUUGAUCGUAGUCGAGGACGUCACCAGGGCGCUUCUGAGCGUGUACAGUGACAACAUCGUUCGGCCUUCCGGGUUGUGGCGGGUGCUCGUUCUGCGCGCGUUCGAGGCCAAGGGUUUCCCCAACUGCUAUGGCGGCAUAGACUGCACGCACAUAUACGUGGACAAACCAGCGAAUGCACCAUCGGAGAACUACUUCGAUCGAAAACAUCGUUUCUUCGUUGUUGCGCAGGUGGUGGUGGAUUUGGACUUGCGCAUUACGAAUGUUUUCGUCGGUUAUCCAGGGAGCUGCCAUAACAUUUGCGUGCUUCAGCUUUCCAGCCUGUGGGCGCGUGCGGAGGAGGGGGAUCUUUUCCGUGGACCUGCUGUGGUGCUGCCAUUCGGAGUGAAGACACACGGGUACAUUCUUGGCGAUAACGGCUAUCCUCCUCUGGAGUGGAUCGUCGUGCCUUACGGGGGGACCGAUCAAUGUGCCGGCGAAGAGAGGUUCGACAACGAGUAGAAGGUCGCCAAAGGAGCAGUGGAGAGAGCUUUCAGGAGAUUGAAAGGGAUGUGGAGGUUGUUCCUUCGCACACACAAGACGGAUAUAGACACUCUUCCGCUACAGUUCCAAGCCGUGUGCAUUCUGCACAACAUCCUCCUCGAUGUUGGCAUGGACUUCGACGAGAACUUGUUGUGGGAGGUGGACGCUAAUGGCGCACGCCGACGAGUGGACUUGGGGUUGGAUCCCCCACCCCACCCCAUCGUGGAAAACUUUAAUCGACCUCAUGCGCCAGCGUUGCGCGAAGCGUUGGCGGAGCGCAUGAAGCACUCGGGAACGCGCAAACUCCCUCGA